AUGAUUAACGAAGCAGAGUUUGAAUCUCAAGUUCGUCCUGAAACAUUUCAAACUAUGCUAUACAAUUUGAAAGCAAAACACGGGUGGAGUGAUAAGAGUUUGACAGAGUUACUAGCUUUCUUAGGAGAAUUAUUACCCGAAGGUAAUGAGGUGCCUUUGUCUUUCUAUGAGGCAAAAAAGACAUUGUGUUCGUUAGGCUUGCAAUAUGAAAAGAUACAUGCAUGUCCUAACGAUUGCAUCCUAUAUCGAAAGAGAUUUGUGGAUGAGGUAUCAUGUCCAACGUGCGGUGAGUCCAGGUGGCAAAAGAAAAAGAAUUCUAAUGAGGUAAAGAAGGGUGUUCCUGCAAAAGUAUUGUGGUACUUACCACCCAUACCUCGUUUGGUUCGGUUUUUUCGAAAUGCCGACCAUGCUAAAAAUUUGACUUGGCAUGCCAGUGAUAGAGUGAAAGAUGGUAUGAUGAGACAUCCAGCUGACUCUCCCGCUUGGAAAACAAUUGAUGCUAGAUGGCCUGAUUUUGCCAAUGAGCCUAGGAAUAUCCGUCUUGGUCUCUCUGCAGACGGUAUCAAUCCACAUACUUCCCUUAGCAGUAAGUAUAGUUGUUGGCCAAUCUUGCUUGUGAUAUAUAAUUUGCCGCCGUGGCUUGUUAUGAAGAGAAAGUUCACUAUGUUGACAUUGAUGAUAUCAGGCCCUUCACAACCUGGCAAUGAUAUUGAUGUAUACUUAGCUCCUCUUAUUGAUGAUUUAAGUAAAUUGUGGUAUGACGGUGUUAAUGCAUAUGAUGCCUAUAGGAAUGAAGCAUUCAAUCUUAGGGCCAUGUUAUUGUGGACAAUCAAUGAUUUUCCUGCUUUCGGGAAUCUUUCUGGCUACAGUGUGAAAGGUUAUAAUGCAUGUCCUAUCUGUGAAGAGAAAACAUGCUCUCGCUAUUUAACACAUUCGAGAAAAAUUUGUUAUAUGGGACACCGAAAGUUUUUGCCACCCGAACAUGUAUUUCGGACCUGGAAAAAGGCAUUUGACGGUAAGCAAGAAUUUGAAAUGCCUCCCCCACCUUUAAGCGGAAGACAAUUGGUAGAAAAAUUGAAUAAAAUUCAAUUCAAUCUUGGAAAGCGAAAGUCAAAAUCGAAGAAAAGAAAAGGAGGUAAGGGUGUCACAAAUGAACCUCAGGGACCGUGGAAGAAAAAAUCAAUAUUUUUUGAGCUUGAGUAUUGGGAGCAUUUGGUUUUACGUCACAAUUUAGAUGUGAUGCAUAUUGAGAAAAAUGUCUCAGAUAGCUUAAUUAAUACCUUGUUUAAUAUUCCUGGUCGGAGUAAAGAUGGAAUUAAAUCCCGUCUAGAUUUGAAAGAGAUGGGGAUUAGAGGAAAUUUACAUCCAGAAAUUAUUGGUAAACGAACUUUUUUACCACCGGCGUGUUAUGCCCUGACUAAGGAAGAAAAACGAUCUUUCUGUACAUCAUUGUCUCACGUUAAAGUACCCGAAGGGUAUUCUUCAAAUAUCUCCAAUUUGGUAGAUAUGGACAAAUUAAUUUUGUCCGGACUGAAGUCUCACGAUCAUCAUAUACUGAUGCAACAUAUUCUGCCGGUGAGUAUCCGUUCUGUUUUACCUAAGAAAGUUCGCUAUGCCAUCACCAGAUGUGUCAAAGUUGGAAAAUCUCCGAUUAGAAAUUGUUGA